AUGGAGGGAACAAUGCAGCCAAGCCUGGUGGAUCAACGGCGCCUGAGAGAGGCCGUUGCAGAGAUUUUCCGACAUGUGGUUGAAGAAGGUGCGAAAGGAUGGGGUGGCGCUCGGGCCUUGGGCUUGGGCUUGGGCGGAGCCGCCAGAGGUUGCGGUGGUUGA